AUUGCAUGUGAAUGGUAAUAAAUGCUCUUUGAAGAAGGAAGCACAGCUUCAUUGGACCUUCAGAGGCUUGUCUUGUAAGAUGAUAGACUUAAAUGCCGGAAGGCUGGAGCCUCCUGUUUUCAUUCCAGAGAAAAACAAGCAAUUUCUUUUGGAAAAUGGUGAGCCAUCUAUUAUUGAAAGCAUCCACUUAGACUGGGACAAUUACUUCAGCCAAAAGGCACAGAAUCAGCUGUAG